AUGAGACUACCCCGUUCUGUUGUUUCAAGAGCAACUCGUGGUAUACUGUUUGUGAAUCAACACAUUGAAUGUAAUCACUUGCUGAGUUCUAGAGCGAUCCAUAUGUCAUCAACUCAACAUUUGGACCAAGAAUCAAAACCAAGACCAUCGCUUAAUGAUAUUGUUGAAAUAGAAAAUCGACAUAAUACAGAAACAGAAAAUCAACCAAAAUUUAGUAAUAUUUUAGAUUCAUCUGAUGAAAAUGGACAAAUUGAUUUUCAAAAAUUAAGUGAAUUUAUUAAAAAUGCAUAUAAAGAUAAUGAAACUCCUAAACCUGUACCUACUGCUAGAGUAGAACAAGUUGAAUAUUUUCAAAAUUUAUUUACCAAAUAUGGAUCAUUUAGAAAACUGUCAUCAUCAAUAUCUAAUAAUUCAACAAAUAAACCUGGUAUUAAUGUUGUUCCCGAUGAAAUUAAAAAUGAAUUAUUUACUAAAACGAAAAAUGCAUUAGGUCCAACUUUAAAAUAUUUGGAUUCAUUUAAAAAUUCACAAGAUUUAUUUAAAUAUAGUUUGAAAUUAUUUAAAAAUUUUCAAGAAGGUAUAACUAUUGCAACUAUGAAGACUCAAAUAGCUGAUAAAAAUUCAAAAAGUGUUAGAAUAGUAAAUGAAGAGAUUUUUUUAAAUGAAUUAUUUAAAGGUUCAAAUAGACAUGCAUGGACUGAAAGUCAUCAAAGUUGUAUUGAUCUGAUUGAGAAAAGUUCAUUAUCAGGGCCAUAUGAUCCUAAUUUAAACAUUUUAACUGUUCCUAUUAUAUUCACCCAUAUUAUAACCAAUUUGGGAUUCAAGUUUCACAAUGGUCAAUUGGCAUUAACACUUUUUGAUUUAUUAGAGAAAGAUCCUAAUUUAUAUAUUAUAGCUGCCAAUCAAGAAGCAUUUAAUGUGGCAUUACGUUUAGUAUGGAUCAAUUAUGGGAUUAUUAAUUUGCACCCAUUUCAAACAUGGUAUAGUCGUAUGAAAUUCUUGGGAUUUCCUGGUGAUAUGACUACUUUGAAUAUCUUGAGAAUUGUUAUUUCCGAAUAUAACAAUUUAAGUAAUGGUAUGCUGAUUUUCAAUAAACAAUCUGAUAAGAUUUAUACUACAGAUGCCAAUUGGAGAAUGAAGUAUUUUAGAGCCGAAUACGACGGUAUGAAGAAAAGAUUGGAACGAAGAUCAGAGAGAACUAUUACCACGAAGAAUGAAAGAAGUAAUACCACCACUACUGAAUCCAAUAGUACCACUCCACCUUCAUGGGGGUGGAACUCAAUAUUGUGA